AAAAAUCCCUCCACAAGGAAAAAUUGGAUAAGCCGUGAACCCAGCAACACGAUCACUCUACCCUCCCUGCACUUGUAGCUUGAAUUCUAACACCGUAAAUGGAGACGGAUGGAGGGGCUCUGCGGGAGCAGUGGAGGCUGUAUGAGGCGUACAACGAGCUGCACGGGCUGGCGCAGGAGCUGGAGACCCCAAUCGAUGCCCCCGCAGUGCUGGUUGUCGGCCACCAGACCGACGGCAAGAGCGCCCUCGUUGAGGCCCUCAUGGGUUUCCAAUUCAACCAUGUCGGCGGCGGCACCAAGACCCGCCGUCCCAUCACUCUCCACAUGAAAUACGAUCCUUUAUGCGACCUCCCUGUCUGCCACCUAGUCUCGGAAGAUGAUCCCACAGUCUCCCACGAGAAGUCCCUCCCUGAAAUUCAGGCGUACAUUGAGGCUGAAAACAUGAGAUUGGAGCGCGAAUCAUCGUUUCAGUUCUCUGCUAAGGAGAUAAUCGUCCGGGUUGAGUACAAGUACUGCCCCAACCUCACUAUUAUUGACACGCCUGGGCUUGUUGCUCCUCCCCCAGGUCAAAAAAAUCGAGAGUUACAGAGUCAAGCUCGUGCGGUGGAGUUGCUGGUGCGAGCAAAAAUGCAGCAUAAAGAGUUUAUAAUACUAUGUCUUGAGGACUGCAGUGAUUGGAGCAAUGCAACUACUAGAAGGGUGGUCAUGCAAAUUGAUCCAGAGCUUUCAAGGACUGUUAUAGUCUCAACCAAGCUCGACACAAAAAUACUCCAGUUUGCACGCGCCUCAGAUGUGGAAAUCUUCCUUUCACCACCUCAAGGCACUCUUGAUGGCCUUAUAUUGGGCGACUCUCCCUUUUUUACGUCUGUGCCUUCUGGAAGAGUUGGUUCUGGACAUGAUUCAGUUUACAGAUCAAAUGAAGAGUUUAAACAGGCUGUCUCUCUAAGAGAAGUGGAAGAUAUUGCAUCGUUGGAGGGGAAGCUAGGAAGGUCACUCACAAUGCAAGAAAGAAGUAGAAUAGGUGUAACCAAACUACGAUUAUUCUUGGAGAAAUUGCUGCAGAAAAGGUAUAUGGAAAGUGUUCCUUUGAUCAUUCCACUUCUUGAAAAGGAGUUCCGCAGUACAACUAAAAAGCUGGCUGAAAUAAAUAGGGAACUCAGUACUUUGGAUGAAGUAAAGUUGAAGGAGAAAGUACUGGCUUUUCAUAAUAUGUUCUUAACAAAGUUGUCCUCACUGCUGAGAGGGACAGUCAUUGCUCCCCCAGAUCAAUUUGGUGAAACAUUGCAAGAUGAGAGAAUCAGUGGAGGGCCUUUUGUUAGUAUUGAUGGUCUUCAAUUCCCACACAAGCUCAUACCUAAUGCAGGGAUGCGCCUGUAUGGAGGUGCACAGUAUCAUCGUGCUAUGGCUGAAUUCCGCUUUGUGGUUGGAGGAAUUAAGUGUCCUCCAAUCACUCGAGAAGAAAUUGUAAAUGCGUGUGGAGUUGAAGAUAUUCAUGACGGAACAAAUUACUCCAGGACGGCUUGUGUAAUAGCUGUUGCAAAGGCUCGUGACACAUUUGAACCUUUUCUUCAUCAGUUAGGUUGUAGACUCUUGCACAUUCUGAAGAGAUUGCUUCCUAUUGCUGUCCAUCUUCUUCAGAGAGAUGGUGAAUAUCUAAGUAGGCAUGAGGUGUUUCUCAAACGUGUUGCUUAUGCCUUCAACAACUUUGCAGAAUCUACUGAAAGAGCAUGCCAUGAAAAAUGCAUGGAGGAUUUAGUAAGCACAACCCGCUAUGUCACAUGGUCUCUCCACAAUAAGAAUCGAGCUGGACUGCGUCAAUUUUUAGAUUCAUUUGGUGGAACAGAGCAGUCCACUGUGGGCGAAAAUUCAACACCCGCUCAUCUUUCCCAAGGUAUGAUCCUUGCAUCAGUUGCAAAGGAGAAGAAUGAAACUAAGUCAAGGGCAGAUGUGAAGCUUAGUCAUUUAGCCUCAGGAGUUGAAUCAAGUGCUUAUACACAAUCUACAGAAACAAGGCUGACUGACCUCUUAGACAGCACGCUCUGGAAUCGCAGACUUGGGCCUUCAUCUGAAAGGAUUGUUUAUGCUUUAGUACAACAUAUAUUUCAUGGCAUAAGAGAAUACUUUUUGGCCUCUACGGAAUUAAAGUUUAACUGCUUUCUUCUAAUGCCAAUUGUUGACAAGUUACCUGCCCUCCUCCGGGAGGACAUUGAAUCUUCAUUUCAAGAUGACUUGGAUGCGGUAUUUGACAUCAGCAAUCUGAGUUACUCAUUGGGCCAACGGAAACGAGAUACAGAGAUUGAGCUGAGAAGGGUUAAGAGGCUCAAAGAGAAAUUCAAACAGAUACAUGAGCAGAUGAAUAUGCAUCAAAUUGUUUCAAAACCAAUUCCAAAUUCCACCGAAUGAUUUCCAAAGGGACCGGUCAAACAAAUGAGCAAGAGCUUUACUACAGUUCAAGAUCUGAUCAAGGAAGGGAAAGGGCGUUGGAAUAUUCAACUUCUUGAUAAACUCUUCAGUAGGCAAACUGUUGAGCUUAUGCUGCAUCACCUGUUCCCUAGUGAUCUUGCUUCAGAUAGAAUUACAUGGACUGCAGCUAAGGAUGGAGAUUUUCCUGUGAUUUCUGCUUAUGAUCUUCAAGUCCUUGCAUGUCUGUUAUUCUUGCAAUUAACUCAUCUUCAAAAGUUGAUUGGAGAUUGAUAUUUGUUAGCCAUGGAGCUCUUCCAUUAGCCUGAGCCCCAACUCACCCUUACACCUAGAGGAACAAACGUUUUCCCGCCACUAAAUUGAGGGACAUUUCCUGAUUUGCUUGAUGGCCCAAAAAAAUCAUAAUAAUCUGCAUAUUUGGGGAAUGAAGGUAUUCAUUCCAUAACAGGGAAAAGCUGCCACCACAAAAUCGAGAAGCUUU